AUCAUCACCAAUGUCUCUGAAAAUCCUUAAUUAAAUUGUCAACCAUCACCACGCACGACAUUUAAACUCACUUAAAAAACAACUAAAUGGGCGGGACCAAGUUAGGAACCAUCCCAUUGCUACUAGUUUGUAUGUCGAAAACGGUGUGUUUUUUAAAAAUAGAAUCCACUCAAAUGCGAAGAUCGUUUGGUUGUUGUUUCUUUUUUGUUUUUAAAAGAGUCCGAUUUGUUUGUCACAGAAAACACAUGUAGAUAGCACGAAAAACUGCAAAUCAGUAUAAAGUUGGUUAACGGUUCGCGUCGGACGUGUUAAGCUUAAGAAACGGACUUUCUUUUUAAAAUUCAAGGAUAAAAUUGAUAUUUUCGAAAUAUUCAAACAGUGCUCAAAGUGCUCAAACUAGUUGAAUUUUUUAAGAAAAAUGACAAAAUAUACAAAUUGUAAAAUAAACCAAAAUGAUCAGAAUUUAAAAAGUGAUUGUGAAUUCCAACAACGCCCUUAUCAUAACUUUUAUUCAAGAUACGACCAUGGAAACGGUUUCGGUAACAGAGUUAAUAAACAUGUAAAUUUGACACCUUCACCAAUUUUUACGGAUUACGACGAUAACAGUUUGAGUUCGGAAGAGCAUGUUUUGGCACCAUUAGUCUGUUCUUCCGGACAAUCACGUCCUUGUUUGACAUGGGCCUGUAAGGCAUGCAAAAAAAAGAGCGUCACUGUGGAUAGACGCAAGGCUGCCACAAUGCGUGAACGAAGACGAUUGAGAAAGGUAAAUGAAGCAUUUGAAGUGCUUAAAAGAAGAACAACAUCCAAUCCAAACCAAAGACUACCAAAAGUUGAAAUACUAAGAAAUGCCAUUGAAUAUAUUGAAAGUCUCGAAGAUUUAUUACAGGAAUCAUCACCCUCACGUACAAUAGAUAGCUUAUCAGAGAGUAUAAGUGGUAAACCAUGUCAACAAGACUAUUUGAAUUCAUAUACAGAUUCGUAUUUCCGUGAGAAAUUGCAACACUUUAACAAGGAUUCGGACAGAUACACUCCAAUAUCAGAAUUUGAUUCAACUUCUUCAGCUAACGGUUCUAGUCUAGAGUGUCUCAAUCUGAUAGUUCAAAGUAUAAAUAAAAAUACUUCCUCUAGCAGCAGUGCAUCGUCAUCAUCAUCUUUAUCGUCUUCAGCCUCACUAAAUCAAUCAUUUGCUCAAAAGUGCACAACUUAAGUAAAAAAUUAAAAACAAUUCAACCGUUUGUGCAUUUCAAAAAAAAAAAAAAUAAAAUCUCAAAAUUAUUUAUUUUCUUAAUUUAAGUUAAAAAUAGGAUACAACGUUAUACAAUUAAAAAAACUAUAAUUUUAAUUUGAAUCUAUCUUUUUAGUUAAAAAAAAAAAUGAUUGCCUUAAGAGCUAAAAGUAAUUUUAUCCCAGUAAUAAUUUUAGA